AUGAAAUACGAUAAGAAAGUUACCAGCUCUAGGCGUAAACAGAGAAAGGCUCAUUUUUCUGCCCCGUCGCAUAAACGUAGAAUCAUUAUGAGUGCACCCUUGUCUAAGGAAUUGAGGGAGAAGUACAAAGUAAGGUCACUCCCUGUGCGUAAACAUGAUGAAGUUAUGAUUGUCAGGGGUCAAUACCACGAUGGUGAAGGCAAAGUAACUCAAGUCUAUCGUAAAAAGUGGUGUAUCUAUGUAGAAAGGGUUACUAGAGACAAGGAGAAUGGUGAAAGUAUACCUGUGGGAAUCCACCCUUCGAAGGUUGUGAUCACUAGAAUUCGUCUAGACAAGGAUAGGAGGAAGUUGCUAGAACGCAAGGCCCACCCGUCUACCAAGGGUAAAUACACCGAAAAGGACGUAUCUAUGAAGGUAGAUACUUGA